AUGGCGAAGACAAAAGACACCAACUCCAAGCCAAAGCACGCCAGAGAGAGUAUCGGCGAAAACAUACAGAUGUCUGAACAAGUGACACCAAAUGAGAGCGCCGACAAGGACAAGAAGAAGCGCAAGAAGUCAUCUGACGACGCAGAGGAAGUCACUAAGAGCAAGAAGCGGAGACAUAGCACCGAGGUCGAAGAUGAAGGCGACGCUGGGAAGGAGGAAUCCACAAAGAAAAAGAAGAAGGAGAAGAAAGAUAAGAAGAAGAGGGUCUCAUUCGGGCCCGGGACCAAGACUGAAGACGGGAGCGGAGAUGAGAGCGCCGCCGAUGCCGAAGACGAAGCCCCACAGAAAGCUGAAAAUGACGAUGAUAAUGACUCCGACAGCAGUGACACAGUCACCGCCGAUCCAGCACAGCAAUUGCAAACCGACAAUGAGAAAGCAUUAGAGGAAAUGCGCAAGCGCAAGCGCGAGAAGAAGAAGGCAAAGAAGAACAAGGAUCCCUCAGCCCCCGUGCCGUCGUCAUCUUCGACACAGCAUUUACACGAGUCGCCUAUCAUGUCUUACCUGAGCCACUACCACCACGAUCGUUCGUCGUGGAAGUUCCAGAAGAAUCGCGAGACAAACCUGUUCAAGCAUCUCUACUCCGAGGAACAUGUCCCUUCUCGGUAUAACAUUGCGCUUUUGUCAUACCUGAAAGGAUUGAGGGGUGAUGCGGCGAAAGCAAGAUUGAGCCAGGGUGCAGUUCAGGUACUGAAGGAGGAUAUUGAAGCUGCGACAAAGGAUGGCAAGGAGGAGGAUCCUGCCUUCCAGGAGGCUGUCGAUGCGCUUCGGGAUUCAUUUGCAAGUGCUGGUGCCGAAUUGAACACUGCCGGAUCAGCAGAGGGGUUGAAGCCCGCCGCGAAUAAGCGUCUUCAGAAGAGAGUGCGGGCCGAGCUUGUCUUCUAUGCUAUGUCCGAUGAGCUGUUCGACAUUGUCAAGUCUGUUCCGAAGAAGGUGCCUGUUAAGGUGGAGCCUGUGAACAAGAAGAGAAAGAAUCGUACUGCUGUUGUCGAUAUCUCGAGCAGUGAGAGUGACAGCGACAGUGACGACGAGACUUCUAGCUCUGGCAGCGACGAUGACACCUCUAGCUCUGGCAGUGAUGAUGACUCUUCAGACUCGGAUAGUGAUGACGACAAGCCGGCUACUACCAAGAUCCAAUCCAAGCUUGUUCAAUCCAAGCCUGUGGCUAACAAGCCCUCUCCAGCGGAGAGUGAAGUCCCUGCUCCCAUCUCCAAGACCAAGGCUGCUGCCGCAAACAAGCAGGAGAAGAAGGAGAAGAAGGCUGCUUUGAGGAAGGAGAAGAAACUGGCACCCGCACUGCCUGCCCCCAGCAAGAACAAGAAGAAGCAAAAGCGGAAGGUCAGAACCGCUGUGAUUGACAUCUCGAGUAGUGAGGAUAGCGACUAA